GCGCAGCGAUAUGACGUCAUCACAGCGCUGGAAUUUGCUGGCUUGUGUUUGUUCAAGUCGCUGGUUAAAUGUUUAGAUAUAGAUCUAUACUUUUUAAUUAAACCAUAACAUUUAUGGCACCGAACAGGACGUACUUUAGAAUAGCCUACGCUGGAGCCGGCCUGCUGUUCGGAGUGUCGGCUUUUAUAGUGUGGACUGUAGUUUACACCCAGCCGUGGACUGCGGCUAUGGGCGGCUUAUCAGGAGUGCUAGCCCUUUGGGUGCUGGUCACACACAUCAUGUACCUUCAGGAUUACUGGCGCACAUGGCUGAAGGGACUCAAGCUCUUCAUGAUUAUCAGUUCACUUUUCUCCAUGUUAGCUGUUGCUGCUUUUGCGACCUUUAUGACUCUGGCUGUUACACGUCAUCAGGCAUUGUCAGACACUAAGAGUUUUUAUCUGGCCUGCGUUUGGAGCUUCUUGACACUGAAAUGGUCCUUCCUUCUUGGCUUGUAUUCUUACCGCUACCACCAGGAGUUUGUUGACAUCAGCAUCCUCAGUGACUUUUGAACACCUACCUUUCUGGAACCACAGCCCGUUUGUUGUUGUCUGUUGAUAGCUUUACCUGUUAGUCCAGAUGUGGGUUUAGAAGCAAGACUUGCCAAACAGGAAUAAGUGGAGCAUUUUUUCAUUAAUAAUUUACACACACACACACACACACACACACACACACACACACACACACACACACACACACACACAGUUUUUCAUAAAUUCUAAUAUUUGUGGAUGCUUUUGUCUUUUUCAUUAAACAUUAACACUAUUAAUACUUAGGCUGUCCCUCAGACUCCAAAAUUUAGCUUCAGAAACCAAGAAGCCAAGAGGCUUCCUGCAUCUAUGCAUUCCAUUCCUUUUACUUUUUCCUGCAUAUAAACAUUGCCUGGUUUAUAUUAUUCUGUUCAGGCCUCAGAUAACUUGUUCUGCAUAAAGAUUGAUCUGCCCUCAUAUAUUUUCCUAAUAGCCAAGCUAGUUACAUAAAUUCUAAUAUUUGUGGAUGCUGUUGUCUUUUUAUUUAAUGUUUUAUGUGCAAAGAUGCAAUUACUGUAUGAUAAUUAUCUGCACUUAAUAUUCAUUGCUCAUUAGCACAGAUUGAGCAAUAGCCAUCUUUCGUGUAAUUAUGUUUUUGACACAUGGCAACAAAAUGCACUGCUCCCCAAAUCCUGACUCCUCCUUAAAUGUCAUGUGAUUGGUGUUUCCAUUUUAGUAUGUCAUAUAAUUCUACAUCAGACUAUCAGUAUAAUAAUAUUUGUUACACUUAAACAUUUAUUGAAGACUAAUCUCGGUCAGAUUUUUUUUGUGUGUGUGAGAGAGAGAAUUGAAUUUUCAUUAGUAAUUCAUGAAAAUAAAGACAUUCCUGGUACAGUAACAGAUUAGCGCUUGUCUAAAUACAGGAACACAGCCACCUCCAAAAGUAUUGGAACAGCAAGGCCAGUUCCUUUGUUUUGGUUAUAUACUGAAGACAUUUGGGUUGAACUGUGAUUUGGUGCCAUGUUCCAAGCUGUUUGGGCGGGGGAGACAUAUAUAUUUAUAUAUCUGAAAAUGAAAACUGAAUUUCUGAUCUAUUGUCUCACAUUGAUCUUUUAAUCUCAAACCCAAAUGUCUUUAAUGUAUAACAAAAAAAUGAAAGAAUUAUCCUCGCUGUUCCAGUACUUUAAGAGCAGAUUGCAUUUAUUAAGGUUCUCCAAAUAUGCGUACUUUUCCAGACAUUUACACUUUUGUCUUUUUGUCAUCGAAAGUUCCUCAUUCUCAGUGUGUUGUCUUCACUUGAGUGGCAUUUUAUCUUUGUUACUACAAUAUUAUAUGCAUGUAUCAGGUGAAAAGAUGUCUGUACAGUAUUUAGUUCUACAAAUGUCACAAUGUUUUUUUUUUUAUUAUUGUGUAAUGGUACACUUUUAAAUAUGAAUUUUUGGUUAACUAUUUAUCUCCACAAUGACUUUAUCUAUUUCUCGUGAAUUAAAAAAAAAAAAUAAUUUA